UCCCACUCCACUCUGUAACCUGGGCAUUGGUGCUGGGGAGGCUGGAAACUUGUGCAGUACCAGAGACCUCAGCUCACAAUGUUUGAACAUGAUGGGUAACAGAAAAGUGGAUAAAAACGGUGAUUGUGAAAAAGACAAUCUUCAGAAAAGUGAGCAGCAAUGUAAACAAUGCAAAAUGACCAAAGAUGAAAUGGAAUCUAAUUCUCUGACAUCCAAAGUGAAGCCAAAUGACUCAACAGUUUUUACAUGCUCAGUUCAGGAUUCUGGUGGAGGAGCUUCAUCGAUCUGUCCGUCCUGGAUGACACUCUCAGGGCCUGGAUGUGAAGACCACCACUUGUUCUUGGUGGUAAAUCUGAGUGAAUCUGAUGAAAUAUUUUCUACUGACAAAAAACCCACAUCGCUGACAGUGUCAGAGAGAGACAAUGUGACUUUAACCUGCCAAUUUGAAUUUCGUAAAAGCCGACCCUUCGCUCUCCUUUGGAUCACAUCAGAAAACAAGUGUCAGUCCUCCAUUCACACUGAACAAUAUGAGGUACAUUCUAACGCACGCUGCUGUGUGGAUGGCAAGUCAGCACAAAGAAUUUUUAACCACACCUCACGCAAUCCGACUGAGAAAAUACAGUUUCUCAACCUUACUAUUCACUCAGUGGAGAUGACAGAUAGUGGCAGAUAUCUUUGCGUUUUUCACUGUAUGGAGUCAGGGCAACCUGUCUGGAAGAUUGCAGCAAACAUCUCCCUCAAUGUGACAGAGUCGUGCAUGGAAUCUACACACAGCCCCACCUCAGCAUCUGGACCAUCUGUAGUGACCAGCAGUGGAGUUCACACAAACAGAAAGCAUCCUUGUUCCAGUUGCAGCAACAUACGGAUUUCUGUCCUCGUGUUUUAUGCGGUUGCACUGAUUUGCAUUCAUGGAGUAACUUGCAGAAACAGCAGGCUAAGACCCUCCAAAAAAGCUCCAAGUAGGAAUCCAUGAACACCAGCUCGCCCCCCGAAGGCACGACCCAAUGUCACUGGUUUCCAUCCAUGAGGACCAAGAAGGACACCAGUUCGACUGGAACAACGUGAAGGUACUGGCACAAGGAAAUACCAAACAAGAACGGGAAUUUAUCGAGGCAUGGUACUCAUCCGAAGAAGCAAUAAACAAGCACAUCGAAAUCGAUCCAGCCUAUCAACCAUUACGGACAAGGGAACAACGAACUCGGGGGAACCGCGGAAGAGACCAAAUGCCACAAACCCAAGGCACGCAGAAACGAUUCAAACAACCUCCAAGCAGCCAAUCAAAUGGCGACUUGACAAACCAUAACACAAACUUGAUUUAGGUUACUAAAAUAUCUACCAAUCAAAAUCGAGAACAUUAACUACUCUCAGGCAACCUAUAUAAAUGCGAGCACCAGAGGAAUCACCCACCUACGCACUGAUGAUGUCUUCUUGACUGGAGAUGAAAAGUUUGCAAUUCAUUUGCCAAGCUCGGCGAGCAAACCAACAGCCAAACCCAUUUGAAAUCAAUUUCUGAUUCUGACAAUUCCUGUAUCUAGAGCAUCUUGGAAUAUCCUGAUUCAAUAAUAGAGUGUACCGCAUAUAAUGCUUUUACAUUGUUCAAAUCUUACACUGUGAAAUGGUUCCCAUGUUGUAUUUUCAUUAUUGUUAGUGACAGAGACGAACAUGGAACUCAAGAAGUGAAAUGUAAGUAGAUUCAGUCAUUCAGUUUCAUUGUCUGUGCCAACACCAAUUCUCUUUGAUCUUUAUAAAAAAGAACUGCAGAUGAUGUAAAUCAGAAACAAAAACAGAAAUUGUUGGUAAAGCUCAGCAAGCCCGGCAGCAUUUGUGAAGAAAAUAUUCCAGCUCAUGUUUCAGGUCAGGUGGCCCUAAUGCGUCAAUUCUGAUUUGUCUCCACAGAUGCUGCCAGACCUGCUGAGCUUUCUUGCAAUUUCUGUUUUCAUCUUUGAUCUUUAUGUCAUGAUUUGAAGCAGUCCCAAUAUUUGAUCAUAUCGCAUGAAGUGGAGCCCAUUAAAUGUAUUGUCCUCUCUUGCUGUCCAGGCAGAGACCGCAGGGACGAUAAACAUGAGGGUACAUCUGAUAUCCUUAAAAUUCAAUGUGUCUUCACAGGUUGUAAGAGAGAAAACACUUGAAAUGCAAGGCUUCCUGCAAAUAAAUCUUCUCAACUAUUCUGCUGAUUAAGUUAAAGCCCUGGCAGCAGCUCCUUGGCUCAUAGGCUGUGCUAAAGUGACAUGGCCACCAACAUACAACAGAAAGACUGUCACUUUCUGAGAUUCCAUUCUGAAGCAGGGGACUGACGUCUUGGAAAAUGGGAUAUGUUCAGGGCUGCAAUUGCUCUUCGACUGUUUCAAUUCUGAUUGAAACAAGAAUGUGAGGCAGUGUGAAAUUCAUGGAGUAUCACAUCAUUGGCAAAGACCAAUUUUAACCUCAUCUCUAUGGAACCUCCUGAAGAAGAACAGUGCCACACUGCUUAUGAUGUAGCUCAUGCUAUGGAAAAUCAUUCAAUAAACAUUGUUUUAAAAGCAUAAUUAAAUGGGGAAAUAACUUAGAACUUAAGCAGGAACUUUAUCCAAAUUAAUCAAAUUGAUGAUCUGUCCACAGUGAGGACAAAACAAUAAGGCCUAGGAGAACUCCAGGACGGCUCCCAAUGUGAGCCAGUGACUCAAUACGCUCAGGACCCCCAGAGAUAAAGGUGGUGGGGCAUGUCAUCUGUUUGGGUGAUGAUAUAUGGUCCAUGCAUCACCCUGAUUAAAUUCUGCUGAGUACGUGAGGAGCAGAGGAUGUGUUUAGGUGGGGAGGAGGU